ACCUGAUUAGUCACGCGGCGAAACUCGACCACCUUCUUUCAGGUCUUGGUAGUUUGAUUUAUUUCUUUCCUACAGGGUAUCGGCGCCCUCGUAUUUCAACGCGGAACAGUGCAAAUAUCCUGCCGCGUCGACCCAAUCUCUGCCUCAAACAACAGAAAGGAAGCGGGAAACCGACACGCCAACCCAGCAGCCAUCAUCAUGCCUGCGAUCCGUUCGCGAUCUAAGCGCAAGCCGCCUCCGGCGGGGUUCGAAGACAUUGAGGAGGACCUCCUCGUGUUCAACAACAAGAUGAAGGACGCGCAGAACACGCCGACUGACAACAUCCCGAAGCACCAGGCGCAGUGGCCCAUCUUCCAGAUCUCGCACCAGCGGAGCCGGUACAUCUACGAGCUCUACUACAAGAAGGACGCCAUCUCCAAGGCGCUCUACGAGUGGCUGCUUAAGAACGGGUACGCCGACGCCGCGCUCAUCGCCAAGUGGAAGAAGUCGGGCUACGACCAGCUGUGCUGCCUGCGUUGCGUGCAGACCAAGGAGACAAACUUCAACUCGACCUGCAUCUGCCGCGUGCCCAAGGCCGACAUGAAGGAGGAUCAGGACAUCCAGUGCGUUAGUUGCGGAUGCCGGGGCUGCGCCACGAACGAUUGAAGGGACACACCGUUCGGAAAGGUAGAGGGAGCGAUUGCACCAACCAGCUUUGUCGAGGCAAUAUCGGUGCGGACAAGACCAGGAGACCGGCGGCCCUGCGAUUUCUCGCGGAAGCUCAUCUUUUCUCGGAUCUCUCUGCGAAAGGAGAAGGUGCACUUUGCCAGCUACUACUCAUUCCCCCCCCAUCCCUCACUGAGAGGGGCAGAUGGGUUUCUCGUGCCAGCGAACCGGCAGGUCUUUACCGCACGUUAGACACGCGCUCAUCGUGAGACGACACUUGGGAACUGGGACUGGCGUUAGCAUGGGAAGGAAAGCCGUAUCGGCUGGCGGCUGGGAUUUGAGCCUUAACGAAAGUAAUGAAAAAAACGCAUAAGAGAAAAAUGGUUCUCUAGCACAGCAUGUUUUCUAGUCUUCUCGAUGCCUGUUACGGCCAUCU